AUGAAAGGAAGAGAAAUGAGUAACUUCAUCAUGGUAUGGAGCAUAGCAACAACAUUGUUUUGGUAUAGUUACAUUAUAGGGAAGGUGAUUCCCAAAGGAAAAGGAAGACUUAUAGCGCUUUUUCCAACUAUACUCAUCUUCCUCCUUCUCCCAUUGAGACUUACCUCCAUGCAUCUAGGAGUUAUUUCUUCAUUCUUCCUUGCAUGGCUUUCCACUUUCAAGCUCAUUCUCUUUGCCUUUGCCAAAGGUCCUCUUUCAUCAAACCCUCCUCCUUCUCUCCCUCAUUUUCUCCUUCUUGCCUCACUUCCUAUCAAAUUUCAACAAAAAAAUCAUGAUAAUAUCAAUAUCGCGCCAGGAAACUCGCGCGAGUUGGUAGUUAUGGCGAUUAUCUCGUAUAUUUGUGUUCCUCUAUAUGGACAGAAAGAAAAUUUGCAUCCGUUUAUAUUAUUGUCCUUAUAUGGUCUCCAUUUUUACACCGGCUUAGAAAUAUUUCUGGCCUUGAUUACUACAAUCGUUCGUAAACUGAUACAAAUAGAUUUGGAGCAACCUUUCGACAAACCCUACCUAAGCACAUCAGUGCAAGACUUCUGGGGAAGAAGGUGGAACAUUAUGGUGUCACGUAUUUUACAUCCCACCGUAUAUGAACCGAUGUUAAAGAUAUUUACUCAUGUCAUAGGGAGAAAAUGGGCUCCGCUCCCUGCUGUGGUGGUGACAUUUACAGUGUCGGGAUUGAUGCAUGAACUUAUAUUUUAUUACAUGAAACAGAAGACGGCAACGUGGGAGGCUUGGGAACCAUGUUGGGAUUCAAUGUGCUUCUUUCUCAUCCAUGGAGUGUGUGUGGCUCUUCAAAUUGGACAUGCAAAGAUCUUCAAACCAAAACAACAAUUGUUACCUAGGGUUGUGUCUUGGAUGCUCACAAUGGUUUUUGUUGUGUCUACUUCAGUAUGUCUAUUUUUUCCUGCUCUUGUUAGGUGUGGUGUAACAUCAACAUAG